CCCUUUUCGUAAACAAACUGAUUUUGUUUUAUAUUUCGUAAAGCCAGUUGCAGUUUUUAAGGAAAGAUAAUUUUAAAAAUGAGUUCUCAAGCACCACAAAAAAUACAAUUGCCCGAUGAGGAUUUGGAUUGGAUCCAAAUGCGGAUGGAAACAGGCCCAGUAUUUCCAGAAACCACGAAAGAAAAAAUGAUGCGUAAAAUAAAGGAAAACCCCCUAGUGCCAAUUGGAUGCGUAGCAACAGGAUGUGCAUUAUGUUACGGGCUGUACAACUUCCGUACCGGCAAUCGUAGAAUGUCACAGAUGAUGAUGAGGGCUCGUAUUGCAGCCCAAGGAUUCACCGUGUUAGCCUUGAUUGGAGGGGUCGUUAUGACCUAUGGGAAGAACGAUAAGUGAAGAAAAUCCUUUAUGACAUCAUUCUGUAUAAAAUGUCGCAGUUUUUAAACACUUGCAAUCAUUUGUGUUUGAUGUUGAAUUGAUGUACAUAUUUUUAAGUAGAGAGCGAAUAGUAGGUUUUCUAUAAACUUUUGUUACAAUUACAACAAAUAAAUAAGGAAUGUAACCGCAA